GGUAACGUGUAGCCAUUUAAAGAAAUUAGACACCCAGAGAAAUCUCUAAUGUAACUCCAGACUUUGGAGCAAACUGAAGUCUAAGGAAAAUUUGAAAAAUAACUGUCUAUAUGUUAUAAAAAUUUCUAAAAAACCAUUACUUUAUAGACGAUUGUGACAAAUUGUAUAAAUUUCGCUCAAACACAGUUAGUGUACUAUGAUGGACGACACAAUAACUGCAUUUUGCAAAAUUUGGAAGAUCCGUUUCUAGCAUGACCUAUGACAACAGUUCGAUCUCGAAAUCCGUUUUUAAAGUUUUGGACGCUAAAAGUAGCAGUGCAGCCCGAUAACGUCAGAACUCGAAAGAGGCACUUUACCUUGAUAUCAUUUUGACGUAUUUGAAGGUAACUAGAAAAUUGAGGAUAUAUAGGCGAUUUUCCUAAACCCUCUCCUAACGCUGUAGCCGUCCAGCGAAGGAACAUGGCAAUCGCGCCUUGAGUUUUCAGGUGCUCCAGGUUUUGAUGUCAGCUACUCGGUGCAAUAGACACCGUAUUGUUCUCGUGACUGUAGGACAACGAGUGGUGGGUAAAUCGCUUUAGACGUUACGUCAUAUUUGCCACUGCAAAAACACCUUGAUAUCACCCCGCUGCUUACAAUUGAUAAUCUAGAAAGAAUUCGAGCAUCGCGGAUGCUCCCAUUCUUGAAACUGAGCUGUUGUUGUAAACUUCAAUUGUAUAUUCAUUUUACGCUAGACAAUUAUCAUGUAAGGUAAAUGUUUUUUUUUCGUGUCCGGCAAAACAAGAUAGCUUUUACGCGCAUAUGCAGUCUAGAAAUGCAAGGAAUAAGUUCCACUUUCUUCAGGCUGCGCGACCUCAGCGGUGCCAAUCCCCGUCGCAUGAUCACAUAUAGUAACGUUUUUACAUCCAUUGAUUCAAAGUAUAAAGGCAUUUAGCGCUGGAGCUGAUUACUGAGCCAUUCGAUACUACGAAGCAGCAAUUCUAUUUUAUAAUAUCCACAUCUAAGAUGUUAUAUGAAAUUGCAAUAAAAAAGGCGAUAGUGAUGUUACGGGUGAUUAGACCGCGGUCAGAAACCCUUAGAAAUAAAUUCAAAUCAGUCUAUCCAUAAAUAUUCUCUCUCAAAUAGAAAGCCUAAUCCUCGUAAAUGCUAUGCCUUAUUUUAUUCUGGUGGGCUACAAGAAAGUAAACCACCAAAAGUUAAAUCUAUGGACUUGUAAUAACAAACGUAGAUAGAUAAAUAUUGUAUCGUAUCGUUAACGACACAAGUGCAUGCGGCAAACAGUGUGUAGCGAACGGAUUAUUUACCAGAAGUGCCUGUUUCUUUAAGAGGCCUCUCAUAAAUCGUUCGGUCCGGCAGAUAGUGCGCGCAUCGUGGUCACCCACCAAAGCUGGAACUAACAUACGUUAUUUUCGUUAAUUAUAUGCCGCCAUUUCAUUGAACAUAUGCGAUUUAACAUUUUUCUUUGCGAGACUGAAGGUAGCUAUAGGCACUUAACCACUUAUUUUUAAUUGACUUAUGCUGACACAUCUGUUAUUGAUUUUAUUAAAUUUACCACUUACGACGCGAUCAACCAGCAUCAGUGAUACAAAGUCACUCCAUCGUAUAGAUCAUUCAAUAAUUGUUGAGUGAAAGGUUAUUAGUUACCUAUCACCACUUAAACAGAUUUACUUUAGAACAAGUUAAUGACGCAUAUAUUUUCCAUACACCUCACAUAUAAUCGUAUCUAUCCUAAAAAUGAACUUCUGUGAUUUGUAUAUAAUCUGCCUAUUAUUGUUUUUUAUUCUAGGGAUUAACGUAGCGAUUGACGACAUGUUUUAUAGAAUAACUUAAAACCAUUUAUAUAUGUAUAUAUACAUCCCGAUGUACUACUAAAAGUCAACGUCAGUGUGCGCCCCUGUGACAACACCUCUCCUUUUGACAAAAUCUUCACCGCCCAAAUCGCUUGCCUUCUAACGUUGUGUUUUAACAAACUCCAUAGAGUCGAUAUGGCGAUACGAUAUUACAAUGCUUAAGAGUGUCUUUUGCUGAAGUCGGCCCAAUAAGUUUUUGAGAAAAGGCCAUUAAAUAAAGCGUCAAGUUCUAAGUAACUCUGUGAUAUCGGUUAGCCAGCGUCAUUUCUUUUCAGUAUGUGCUAAAGCCAACCAUUGUUGUGUUGGCUGAAGUUCACGCAGCGAUGCUAACAUGGAUGCGUAUUUUAUACUCGGUGUGAUACAGAGAGGUGUCAUCACUCUCCACACGAAUUGUCUUCAACGAUAUCCUACUGAGCGUGGCGCAGAGCUUGCUGAUAAAUUUAACAUUAUAGAAGAAUAUAUCUGCGGAGCCUAAGAUUACGCUUCCACUAUAUGGAUUAUUCAUGUAGAUCCAAAUCGGUAAAGGCUUUUUGGUCCAGCUUGCCUUAAAACGUUAUUACAAAAUAUUACUCUGAGCUUCAUUUUUUCUCAAUUUUUCAUCUCGGCGUUAUAUGAACUUUUGGGUACUAAUACUGGUAUUAAAAUUUAAGCAAUCUUAGUGAGAGAAUAUGAGAGACUUCGAUUCCAGCCUUGAUUUAUUCACUUAGAAACGUUACAAGUUUAUUAAUAAAAUGUAAGCAUCUCCCUUAAGUAACACAAGUCAUGUUUUUAGCAUAGUGGAUGAUUUCUUACAAUCGGCGGGUUUUUAUGCCUCCCGACAAUAUUCACUGCACAGCAUAUACUUUUUGCUAACAAUACUGGACUGCCUACCUUUAUUCGUUAGCUGAGCACAAAAGUUAUCAGUAAGAAAUAAUUACGGUUACGAAGCUACACCGAUGUUGAUGUAUGUCACACGCAAUGGUAGAUUCAAAUAUUCGCGCGCUCGGAUCGCCCUUUCCUUUGGGACCAUCACGCAUUCUUCCUAGCGAGCCGGCAGCAAGCCGGUUCUCGUACAAAACACGUGUGAAACGCGUAAGAGUAAAUACAUAAAUUGUGCGGAGCUGCAUUCGCGUAUUUCCGUAGGUUGUGAUUUGACUCGUUGAUAUAACAAUGGCCCCAGCCGCAUCAAAACCUCCGUACAAAGUGGCCAACAUCGAACUUGCGGAGUUGGGCCGCAAGGAAAUUACUUUGGCUGAAAACGAGAUGCCCGGGCUGAUGACUUUACGUCAGAGGUACGGCGCCGAGAAGCCAUUGAAGGGAGCUAGGAUCGCGGGCUGUCUUCAUAUGACUAUUCAAACGGCGGUUCUUAUCGAAACUCUUCUCGAACUAGGUGCGGAGGUUCAAUGGUCUAGCUGUAACAUCUAUUCCACUCAGGAUCAUGCAGCGGCUGCCAUGGCCAAGCGUGGCGUUCCAGUGUACGCAUGGAAGGGGGAAACUGACGAGGAGUACGAGUGGUGCAUUGAGCAAACGCUCAUUUUCAAGGACGGCCAGCCGUUGAACUUAAUCCUCGAUGAUGGUGGCGAUCUCACCAAUAUUGUACACAAGAAGCAUCCUGAAUACCUUAAGGACAUCCGAGGCAUCUCGGAAGAAACGACAACUGGCGUGCACAACCUGUACCGCAUGCUGAAAAAAGGCGAACUCAAGGUGCCCGCCAUCAAUGUGAAUGACUCCGUAACAAAAAGCAAGUUUGACAACCUUUACGGAUGUCGGGAGUCUUUAGCGGAUGGUAUUAAACGUGCCACUGACAUCAUGCUGGCAGGCAAAACUGCUUUCGUCGCAGGUUUCGGCGACGUGGGUAAAGGCUGCGCUCAGUCUUUGAGCGGUUUCGGUGCCCGUGUAAUCGUCGCAGAGGUCGAUCCAAUCAACGCACUUCAGGCGUCUCUUGAAGGUUACGAAGUGACAACGCUUGAGGACGCAGUCAGUCGGUGCAAUAUUUUUGUCACGUGUACAGGAUGUCGCGACGUUAUUCGAGGCGAGCACCUCGAGAAAAUGCCAGAUGAUGCCAUUGUUUGCAAUAUUGGACAUUUUGAUCUUGAAAUUGAUGUUAAAUGGCUGGACCAGAAUGCUAAAGAGAAAAUUGAGAUCAAGCCUCAAGUGGACUGCUACACACUUAAGAACGGCAAACACAUCAUUCUAUUGGCAAGGGGACGCCUGGUAAAUUUAGGCUGCGCGACUGGUCACCCCAGUUUCGUAAUGUCAUCCUCUUUUACAAAUCAGGUACUUGCUCAGAUCGAGCUGUGGACUAAACCCAAGAAUUACCCAGUUGGUGUAUAUAUGUUGCCCAAAAAACUUGACGAAGAAGUAGCCCGUCUUCAUCUCGAUAAGUUGGGUGUAAAACUGACACAACUGACGCCGGAUCAGGCUGAGUAUAUUGAUGUUCCUGUUGGCGGGCCGUACAAGCCCGACCACUAUCGGUAUUAAAGCUCAACAAAAAAGCAGUACCAACGACUCUACGAUACAGAGAUGUAUAGAUUGCAGCGCAUGACAUAAUAAAUACAGGUGGUAUUUAACAGA